GGUGCCCGCGCAUGCGCAUUGGAUGCUGCCCGAGAGGGCGGAGGGGGUUGUUUUAGUGUCUGCGUACGGGUCGGGCGCGAUGUCGGCGCGGGGCGCUCGUCCCGCCGUGGUGCUCGGCGCCAUGGAGUUCGGCCGGCGCGCGGGGCCCGAGGCCAGCGCCGCGCUGCUACGCGCCUUCCUGCGGCGCGGCUACCGCCUGCUCGACACCGCCUCCAUGUACGCGGGCGGCGAGUCCGAGCGCAUCCUGGGCGAGCUGCUGCCCGGCACCGCGGAGCCCGUGCAAAUUGCCACUAAGGCUAAUCCCUGGGAUGGGAAGACGCUGAAGCCUGAGAGUGUGCGAUCGCAGCUGGAGGCAUCCCUGGAGAGGCUGAAGAGGACGAGCGUGGAGCUCUUCUACCUCCACGCCCCUGACCAUGGGACCCCAGUGGAGGAGACGCUGCGUGCCUGCAAUGAGUUACACAAAGAAGGGAAGUUUAAAGAACUUGGUCUGUCCAACUACGCAGCAUGGGAGGUGGCAGAAAUCUGCACCAUCUGCAAAUACAACAACUGGGUGAUGCCAACCGUGUACCAGGGUAUGUACAACGCGACCACUCGCCAGGUGGAAGCCGAGCUCUUCCCUUGUUUGAGAUACUAUGGGCUGCGCUUCUAUGCCUACAAUCCGCUCGCAGGAGGGCUGCUGACUGGCAAGUACAAGUACGAGGACAAAGACAAACGCCAGCCCACUGGAAGAUUUUUUGGGAAUGACUGGGCUCAAGCCUACAGGGAUAGGUACUGGAAGAAGCACAAUUUUGAUGGAAUUGCCCUGGUAGAAAGAGCUUUGAAAGACGCGUAUGGCUCCAGUGCCCCCAGCCUGACAGCUGCUGCUUUGCGCUGGCUGUAUAAUCAUUCCAAACUGCAGGGUUCUCUUGGAGAUGCAGUAAUCAUUGGGAUGUCCAACAUGGAACAGCUUGAGCAGAACCUUGACUACAGUGAGGAGGGUCCUCUGCUCCCACCUGUGGUGGAGGCAUUUGAUAAGGCCUGGAACUUGACCGCGCACGACUGCCCCAACUAUUUCCGCUAGGGAAUAGGGGAGGAAUGAGACAGUGGUUGGCUGGGGUAGACUAUCGAGUGCAAACGCACCCUGCCCCUCUGUCGACAUGCAAACAGGGGGGAUUGUUUCCUGUAGUAAUAAAGCUUUGUAGGGUCCCCUGCUGCUGUCAGUGCUUGUGUUGGACCGUGCCUUACCCCUUCUCCCCUCAUGGACCUAUGCAGCACACACUAUGACUUAAAGAUGCAGUUGAUUGUGGCAAAUGGACAGAUAACUAGGGGAAGGCCUUGGUUCUGCCUUCAUAUGGGAUCUCAAAAUAAUUACAUAGAUGAAUAAAAUCUUUUUCUAACACAGGUCU